GUGUACGGUGUGUACGAAGACCAUGACGGGAUGGGAUGGGGAUGGGGAUGGGGAUGGGGAUGGGCAGGGCUGGGGGAGUUUGGGUUUUUAUAAAUAUGGUUUUUCUUUUCUUUUCUUUCUUGUUCUCUCUUGUUAUUUCUGGAUGGAUUUCCCAUUGCGAUUGCGGUCGUUUCUUGCUUGCUUUGCAUUUGGCGUUACUUUACUUUACUUAUCAUGGUCAUUGGUGAUAUCUUAUGAUUGUAAUGUUCUCUCUCUCUCUCUUGAAUAUGUCUGUCUCUCUAUGUCUGUCUCUCUCUCUUGAAUAUGCUUACUGCUUGCUUGCGUGCUUGGUUGGUUGGUUGGUUGGUUAGGGUCGCGGUUGUGUGCGUGUGGUCUGCGUUUUGUGCUGCUGCUUUAGUUUGGAUCUUGAGGAUGUGGGCGGUGGGCGUGGUGGGGGUCGUGUGUGUGGUGUAUAUCAUAGCAGGUGCAAUGGACAAUGCGAUGAUGUGGGGUAUGCAAUGGAGUCUCGAGUGACUGGUCGGAUGAGGAUAGAUGG